CGAUGACCUGGCCAGGUUGCCCUCCGUGUGCAGUCAGGCAGUCGAGCUGAUCUCCACCACAGACGUCUGCUCCCAGCUGCAGGCAGCCAUAUCUGAGUCCCUUGACAGUUGUUUUGGUUCCGAGUUUGAGCUACUGCAGUUUGCUGUGAGAUCUUCUGCCGCAGGUGAAGACGGCGCAGAGUCCUCGUCUGCAGGUCAGAUGGAGACAGUCUUGGGUGUGACUGGGCUUUCUCAGAUUGUGAAAGCUGUGAAACAAUGUUGGGCGUCAGCUUACAGCCACCAGGCCGUGGAGUACCGCAGACAGCAUGGUCAGCCAAUCAGUGUCUUAGUGGGCGUGGUCAUACAACAACUGGUGCCUGCAGACACAGCAGGUGUGAUGUUCACCGCCGACCCCAUCUCUGGAAGUAUCAGCAGUGUUGUUAUCAAUGCUAACUAUGGACUGGGAGAGUCAGUUGUGUCCGGCAGGUCAGAUCCAGAUACCAUAACUGUGAACAGAGAUCCAGAAUUCUUGUAUGACCCAACUGCUCUCCAAGUUGGCUGUGUGACACCCGGAGAGAAGAAGCUGAAGAUUGUCAUGUCAGCUACAGGAGAGCUGAUAGAGAAAUCCGCUGCUGAUGGAGCAUCAGCUGUCUGCCUUACAGAUAAGAUGAUUCUGAAACUGGCAGCUCUGAGUAUUGAGCUGGAUAAACAUUUCGGAGCUCCCCGAGACAUUGAGUGGGCCAUUGUUGGUGAGGAUGUGUUCCUGCUUCAGGUGCUGACUGUGUGUAUGGGAGCCAGACAGCGAGCCACAUACCUGCCCAAAUGUUUGCCAUCAAACUGCAACCAUCAUUUCAUCUGCUUGCUUGAUCUGAGCACAAUCUUCAUGACCACCCUGUUCAUGCAGAAGGACUCCAUGGAGAUCAGCCUCCUGGGUGGUCUGCUGCCAGAGUUCACCGUCCAGCAGAUAGAGAAAUACUAUGGAAGACCCAAAGCCUCACUGACACAGAAAAUUCUAAAUUUUAUCAAAAUGAUCAAAAUGUGGUACACAGCCAGCCGUGUGACAACCGAGUGGGAGCGGAAGAUUCCCAGCUACACGGUUGGGCCAGGGUCAAACACCGCCGCAGAUCUAUAUCAGUGUCUAUGUGCCCAGCUGGCAGACUAUGAGACUGUCUGGGUGUGGACGCUGAUCAACAGUGGACGGUCUGGGAAUAUCACCACAGUGUUGAUGUCCAUCAUUGGUGGAGAACCAAGUGGAUGGACAAGUGAUCAUUAUGGUGACCUGACCUUGUUGCUAUCCAAAUGUCAGGGGGUUUACAGUGCUGAAGUUCCUCAUGCCAUGGAGAAUAUUGCCAGAGAAAUUGUGAAAACUGGUAUUCAGUUCACAGAAACAUUUCUCUCAACAUCAAAUGAGGACUGCCUGAAACUUCUGAGACAACAACCGAACAUUGAGAAGUUGGUCAAUGAUUUUCUAGACCGCCAUGGACACAGAUGUCUACGAGAGGCUGAACUACGAGAAAAAUCCUGGCGCUCUGCUCCAGAAAAGUUUAUUUCUGCUUUGAAGACUAUACUGAAGACAAAAUCAUAUGAAGAAAAGCCCCAGAAGAAUCAGAUGUCUGUCGGGGAGAUACUGAACAACAUGAAGACCAAACUUCCAUCUCACAAGAG